CUAUCCAAGCCUGCGUUUCGCUUUUCCUGCCGUCUUUCGCUGUCUCGCUGAGCCGAGGCUUCUCCUGGAUUAGUAAAAUAUUAGUAAGUAUUUACGUGAGAUCUUAUGUAAGUAAUUAGUCAUAAAUUACUCAGCGGUUGUCCCGGUUAUGAGUUGUCGGCGCUAAACCGAAUGAGGAAAACCGUUGUUGUCGCUUUUUCUCCGAAAAAGUCGAAGUCGAAAAGACGAAGCUGAAGUCGCAGUUUGAUACAUCUCGAAUGCAUCCUUGGAUGGCUGGGCUGACUUGGUCGCUGGAUAUUUGCUGACGGCGUCUGGCCACCUUGUACCACCCUGGCUUGUUUUUGUUUUUUUUUUUUUCCCUUUACUUCUCCUUCUGACAUCUUCCUCCUCUCCCGGACUGACAUUUCCUGCCACCUUCGAUCUCAGCAACCUCAGCUGCCAACCCACGAUAUAUACCCACUGGACGGACACCUCCACGGUCACUGCAGAUAGCUGGAUAAUACACACUGGGUAGAUACUGGCCGGAGGAGGUGAAUGGUCCUCUAAGUCGGAGCGAGGGAUCUUGAAAGAUCUCCUCCGCCGUCGCCGACAAGCAGCGUUCCUACUAGACCGAUCUGCCUGGCUCUCGCCGCGAAGAACUACUGGCUUAUCCGUCGCUUCUGCUGCUUUCUUGAGCCUGCCAUGUCGAACUCAGGCCUGGGCCCGCCGGGGACAGGCACAUAUGCCUCCAAUGUGCUCAAUGUCGGCGAUGGCACAUGGGACUCGCAGCGCAACACUUUCCUCUUACCCAAUCUCAUGGGCCUCAACUUUGAGGCCAUGCAGUACAAUGGUACCCCCUUCUCCUAUUCUUUCAUUUGCUUACGCCUGGCUAACGUCUUCUAGGAAUGGGAAAUAGGUUUAAGAACUUGCCCGGAUACCAUUCUAUUAUACGGGCUCACGGUGCCCUUGCGGCAAUCACUUUCCUCGGCCUCGUACCUAUCUCCAUCCUGCUCGCCCGCUUCUACUCGAGGAGUUCGUACUGGGCUCUAAGGCUACACAUAUGGAUGCAGAUCCUCACUCUGUUUCUCACCACUGUCGUGUUUACCCUCGGAUGGUUCGCAGUCGGUCCCAAGAGAAGUCUGACCAACCCUCACCAUGGAAUUGGACUUGCUAUAUACGUCAUGGUCAUUGCGCAGACUUUCUGGGGUUGGUUCAUCCACGGUCAUGUCAAGGGAAAGCGCAGGCUGCACCUUUCUCUGAAACUAAUGGUAUGCUUGACCAAUCACCCGGCUAUCAAUCUUUCAUCUUCUAGACCAAAUCCGCUAACCGCUAUGACUACUGCUUACCCCCGUACCAGAUCCAUCACUGGCUUGGGCGCGCUCUAGCCUUACUUGGAAUUGCUCAGAUCCCGCUAGGCUUAACUCUAUACGGCUCUCCAAUCUCUCUGUUUAUCCUUUUCACAUUGGCUGCUUUCGCUUUGCUUGUCACCUACAUCAUCCUCUCUUACCUCCAUGAACGCCGUGUUGGUGCUGGAUAUGACCCCCGAGGCCACUAUUACGGGCCCGA